CUUGAACUAUGGCAUACUCUAUUGUAAGCCUUGGCAUGCAAUAUAUGGCAUUGGUGUUGUUUAGUUUCAUGUUCAGUUCAGGCUUUGCGCAGAAUAACUUUGGUAAUCCAGUUGGAGAUCCCAUUUCCUACAAAUCGGCUUGCAACUGCACGAAUGCCCUAAGGUGCACCUGCUGCCUAAACGCCAUAUUUAAAAUCAAGGACACCCCCAAAAUGCUUUGCACGGUGUAUGAUUUAAGUGAAAUUAGACCCUCGGUGGAUGUGGAAUUGGCAAUAAAUAACAAGACCAUUCUCACUUUUACGCUGAAUAGACAAUCCUCGCGUACUUUCUGCUUACCCGUUAUUUCGAAGACAACACCCAUGGCUAUGUGCAUCAAGAAUAGCGAAAUGCAGUUGGAGUCGGCCAACCGAAUGUGUCCGAGUUUCCACAGCAUCUAUUCAGAGAAUCAAUUGCUUGCCUUUGAUUUUCCAUGCUUCAAGUUGCUCUCGAAUAGCAUAAGUAUUGUCUAAAUAUAGAGUGUCGCUCCGGCUUUCAAAAUUGAAUAAAUGCAUUUGCAAUAUUUUUCA